CGCACUACUGUGCAGGACUUGGAAGUUCCAUAAACGGCUUUCCGAUCACGAACUCAUCAUUCAAGUAAUUAUAGUGCACCUACAGCUUGUAGCGUGUAGCUUAUUGUUAAACCAUGAAAAUGACUGUUCAAAUAUUGUUUUUCGUAUUACUUUAUGCGGUUUUGUUGUUGGUUUGGACGAAUGUUUCAUUGCCUGACAAUUGCCCUGGCAAUGGCGUUGACGUAUCGGACAACGUUUUACGUGGAACCGGUGUAUCUUCCUCGAUCAUUUGGUCUUCAAAAGCAUUUGAUGUCAUUCAAUGUUGGCGGUUUUGUGUCCAACGGAAACCAUGCAGAUCUCUAACGUUUAAUUACGUCAGCAAAAAGUGUAACCUAAGUAGAGACACGUUAACGGAUGGAAUCAGUCAGUCAGGGAGAAGUCUCUUGUACUCGGAGUUGGACUGGUUCUCUUCUGAGUUGGAGCCGGACUGUUAUGGCCGCCCCUGUGGUGACAACCAAGUGUGCAUUCCUGGACGCCUUGCAGACGGGAACACGGUUGACUGUUCGUAUACGUGCUUAAAUGUAUCCGGACCUGUUUGUCCACUUCCGGAAAAGCUAAAUGGUCCCAGAACAGCCGGCUCGAUUAACACCGUCAGUUGCAAUGCCUGGGAAACGGAUGGAGGGACAGCAACGUGCGGUAACGAUCUGAAGUGGAACGCCGUGAUUAAAAGAUGCAGACCCAUUUUUAAACUCGAGUGUAAUGACGAUGCAGUGUGUGCACCCAUCAACGCCCAGUGCCUUAGCGGUAGAUGUAAAUGUGGAACUCUCACAUCAUAUAAUUCAACAGAACACUUGUGCGUUGAAGCUCUUUGUGUAAACAGCGAGUAUCUUGUUAACGGGGCCAGCCCAGUGCUCGAUUCCCAGCUGUCAGUGUCGUCGGUUUGGGAUAAUAUUAACGUUCUAUGUCGAGCUCCGGGUGCACGACUAAACACACAGCCUUCAUUGACGACUUCUGGCUCUUGGUGCGCUGCAGAAAAUGACAUAAACCAAUUCAUUCAGGUCGAGUUUAAUAGUAUGGUACACGUAACAGGCAUCGCUCUACAGGGUCGGCCUAGCAACCCACAGUACGUUACGUCAUACAAAUUCCAGUAUAGUCAAAACUGUGACAACUUCACUACGUUUCUAAGCACAGAUGGAACAGAAAUGGUGUUUCAGGGAAAUACAGACCAAGAUACCGUUGUUACAUCCCUGUUGCCCAACCAAAUCACUGCAAAGUGUGUGCGCAUUAACCCACAAACAUGGUUCCACCAUAUCAGUCUACGAUUCGACAUACUCGGAUGCUAUUAGAUUUAUUGGAACUAGAAAUGUGUCCAUAGGACACGGAUGCCCCAAUAUGCUGCGUCUGUCCCAAACACAAAGGCCAUUAUUUUUGUCCAUUCUCCAUAAAUGAACAUCAGAAUGAUGAUAUUGAUAUACUUUUUAAAACAGCAAACCAAACCCCAGUUGAACAAUGAAAUGUAAGGGAAGUGACUCUGGUUAAACAAAGCGAAAGUGGGAAACAAACUCCGAGAUUCACCAUUUCAUCAGCAAGAUCACAUUCCGCCAAGGGUUCUUGGCUCUUGGCUGAGUAUUUUUGGAGUUUUGAGCGACACAAGUUCCCAAAAUACUUUUGGACGGGAUCACCCACGUGAGUACCCAUGGACUUACAAUGGCAUAUGUAUAUGUCCUCUGUUGUGGGGGCAUUAAAAGAAACUGUGCAAAACACAGUGACGGGCUUGAAUUGUCUCUGAAAUAUUUUGUUGAAAUAAGUGUUGGUUAUGUGCGUUCACAGAUGUAUUUAUAUCUUAGAGAUUUAUUAGUCAAAUAACAAUGAUUAUUUCAUUUUUUCAAGGUUUUGAAAUAUAUGACUGCACACACGUCCAAAUAAAUAGAGGGUCUUUAAGUGGAAGAUCGCAAUAUAUUCACCGAGCAAGCACCAAAAGCUAUAUUUCACGAGUGUCGUAGACACGAGAGAAAUCAUUAUUUUCGGUGUUCACGAGGUGAAAUAUUUGCGAUCGGUCAAUGAAUCAAGUACGUUUUCUUUUUAUCAUAUACUGCAAACAGGAUAUAAAAUGACAUUUCAUUGUUCUAUUUUAGUAAAACAUUUCGAAAGGUAUGCAAACGUAUCGACAUUUCGGAAAUCACAUCGUUCAAAUUGUUUCCCAGCCCUCUGCGCACUGAUGUUUAAUCUGGACGUAAGAAGGGGCCAUAAAUGUCAAAAGAGUGAAUAAUAUCAAAUUGAUAUCUGUUGAUGUUUAUGUUUUGGCACAUUUUAUUAAGAAUGGACAUACAAAUUGAUUGUAUCAGUGACCGAUGUCAAUAAAUUUGAUCACGUGAACACCAGAAGGAAUAAGAUAACUCGUCGCUUGGACGUAAAAUAUAGCGUUUGGUGCUGAUUUGAUAUCUUUUAUGGAACAAACAUUCGAAUUAUUAGAUUAGCUUUCUUAAUCAUGAAGAAAAUACUUCAGGUCAUAUAAUUGACUGAGACUACAACUUUAUUGUCUGAUACAUGAGCAACGCAAAAUCUGAUGCAGCGAGUGUGUAUCGGAUGAGUGACAGAAUGCGAACACCUGCGAAAGGUGAUAUUCUUAAUGAUUUAUUCUAGUACUAAAUGAUUGCCUAACUAUCGAUUCAUUGGCUUAAAAUGUUGGUUGUAUUCGAAAUGUAGGUUGUAUUCUAAUACAUGUUUUGAAGAUAUGUUUAUCACUGUUAUCUCAACUAAGUCUUUUUAACAUUUGAUCAUGUUGGAUGUUGGUAUGAUGUCUGACACAUUUCACAUGUACAUAUAAGUAACACGCAACAUACUUUUUUAUUAUGGAAUUUUCGCAAUCAUUGUACAACACGACACAAUAAAUAUUCUGCACUUUAAA